CCACAGCAAGCAAUCGGUCUAGUGCCAGACAACGAUCCGCAUCAGACGGAAUCAAAUCAAGGAACGGUAGGUACAAUGAAACCACAUCGCACUGCUUUGUUUCUUAUCCAACAACAGCGCCGGAAGGUCGACCACAGAGAACUCCUACAACGAGCACUGGUUCACCCAGCAAUCGGCUCGAGAAAUGGGCUCGGGACUGACUAUAUCAUGUAGGAUCCACGUAGGAUCAGUACUGCAUGGCAUGUUCGGAACCACCAGCUUGUUUCCGCCCUUUUCGUACUCUUUGUGUCAUUACGUACCCCAUGGUCAUCCCGGACUCGCUCCCGCUUUCCUUGAUCUCGUGUUGCAACCAUUCCUUUCGAUCACCUCACAUCCUUGCUCUUUGUACUGCAGCUAGAGCUAUAUCGUUUCCUGAUACCUGUUUGCAAAAACGCUUUGGAAACACUUCGUUGUUUGAAGAAGAACUCGAACGUGGCAGGAAGUCACCCAUUCCAAUCAGAACGCAACAAUAAUCUCGACGAUGAGGCUUGGUUUGCGUUCACUAAACCGCMAAUGCCAGCUUGUCGUCGUCGACAACGAUGAACAGUCAACAACAUCGACCUCGCUUGUGGAACGRGGGGAACAAAAGCACGGGCAAAGCCACCGGGCGCAGGAGCAACAACAGCUGCCCUGCGAGGCAUCGUCCUCGUCUUGCUCGAUCGCAAGCAUUGCGAGUUCUUCCCUGAGCGAUGCCUCGGAACUUUUCAGAGACGAAUCGGUGGUGUCGGUGGUCCUGGGAUACGACGAUGGCGACGAUUCCUCUUCCUCGUCUUCUCUGCUCUCUCAGCAGCAAGAGAUGCAACAACAACAUUCGCAGGCGUUCCUUACCACGAACUCUCCGGACGGCAUCGAAAUAUUGGCCGCCAACUGUGACCUCGGGUGGGAUCCACCCUGCCAGAACACUCACAAUAGCGGCGGCAGCAGCAGCAGCAGUGGCAGAGACAAAUCCGACGGGAGAGGCGGGAAUAAGAACCACGGCAGCGGCGCGAGCUCGAUCCACCGUCCGAUGCCCCAGCGGCAGCACAAACAACACCAUCGCUUUUCGCCCUCGGGUAUGUCCGGGGGCGAGGAGGAAGACGAGGAGGAAGGCUCGGAGGAUGCUAUGGGAAAGAACAACGUCCAAGCACCGCAACACAACCASGAGGAGUCGCAAUCGCGACAGCAGSAGCAGGAGSAGSAGCAGCARAAAACCGAGGGACUMGCCCCCAACRAUGCGGUGUCCCGAGACCAGCAUUCGAAGCAGCAACCACAGUGGCGACAAUCGGAAUCCGAGGCCGUGGACAGCGACGAAUACGAGGCAGAGAGACAAAAGCAACCGCAGCGAACGGGGAAACGAUCUUCUUUGGGUUCUGAUGGCAGCUACAAAGCCGGAGAGGGAGACGACGACGAUACGAUUCCAGACGAAGAAGAGAAYGGCGACGAAACGGAUAUCGAAGACGACGACAACGGCGACGAUGAUGGCUCGGACCACGAGGUUCCCAUCUGGAAGCCGCAAGAUACCCAGUCCGUCUGCGAAUUCACUCACGUCAUUCGAGAUUAUAGUGCCAAACGCGAUUCGGGGUGCAAAAAGGCCGAAUAUUCUUCCACCACAGUCGACAACAUGGGCAACAAAUGGAGAUUGAUCGUCUACGUCAACGGSAACGGACGAGCGUCCAACAACCACCUGAGUUUGUUUCUACAGGUAGCCGAUGCGGACGAUCUACCCUUYGGAUGGAAGAAAGCAGUAUCAUACGUGCUAACACUAGAACAUCCCCACGCGGGUGCAGGACUCUCUUACGCGAAACGCAAUCCUGACAAAACCUUCAAGCUCUGCCCGAAGGCGAUAGACUGGGGCUGGUCGCAGUUCAUUACUUCCGACAGGAUCCAGCAAGAAUCGUUCGUCCACAACGACACACUAGUGGUACGGGCAUCUGUAACGGUCAAAAGCAGCUCGGUGGACAUUGACAUCGACGAUGCAGAAUUGUAUCUGAAGUGUGCCGUAGAAGAAGGAAGACCAGACGCGGUCCAGCUCUGUCUCGAUCAGGGUGCUUCGGUCAAUUGCCAGUUCAAGGACGACCUGUACACGCCCCUUCACACGGCAUGUAGCACGUCUCCCAACGAGGAUGGAGUCAACGCCGCGCUCGGCAGUGGUGGCGAGCACAACAAGCCRAACAGUGCCCAGCCGAAGAGCAACAGCAACARCAACAACAACGCGAUGUCCACCCACGAAGGAAGCAUGAAAGUGCUCGAGCUUUUGUUGGAGAAGGGAGCCGACGGAAACGCAUGCAACAAGUGGAGAGAAACUCCCUUGUUGAUUGCUGCAAACAACGGCCACAAAGCAGCYGUCGAAGCCCUGCUYAAACACAAGGCUGAUCCAUCCCUUUGUAGCGAAGCCGGUUGGUCGGCAUUGACUUUUGCGGCGCACAAGGUGAAUAUAUCGUGUCAAAGUUUGCAUUGCACCCCCUUUUCUGCUUGUUUUGUUUUUCGUUUCCGCUAAUUGCACCGUUCAUAUUUGUUCCCGAUGUUUCUUUCUUUCGUCGCUAUAGGGCUAUGGUGAUAUUGUGGAGCUUCUUCUCGAGGAUGGYGCACCAGUGAAUUGCCGUGUGACGGAAGAUUCUUCUACACCUUUGCACAAAGCUUGCGCUGGGUCGAAGCCUGGACAUUUAGAAGCCGUGAAACUCUUGUUGGAAAGCAAAGCCGAUGUUCAUGCCCUCAAUAAAUGGCGAGAGACCCCCCUGCUAACCGCGGCCAAUCACGGCCAGGCAGGUGCAGUGGAGCUUCUACUGCGAGCUGGUGCGGAUCCGUGCAAGUGCACCGAYACGGGUUGGUCUCCACUGAGCAUUGCGGCCUACAAGGGCCACGACGAAGUUGUAAAGCUKCUGCUGGAAGAAGGAGCACCUACCGAAGAGGCGGAUCCAACCCUUAGCGCAUUGUUACAAGCAGCUACAAAGGGUCUGCCCGACACUGUUGAACUCCUUCUUCAGCACGGGGCCGACCACACGGUGACAACGAAGAAGGGGGACACUGCGCUUAGUAUCUUGGUCGAACAGAACCUAAUCGAUGCAGCGGUCGAAAUGGUGACCGAAUACAAAGCAAGUAUUCCUCGCUGCUCGAGAGACCGCAAAAAGGUGCAGCGUGCAAGGUUACUCAUAAAUUUACGCUUGAAACAACAGCAACGCGAUGAUGGCUCCGACGAGGAGGACAACGUAGAYCAGGCUCCGGCAUCCGGAGAUGARCCGAACAAACGCAAAUCGAACAGGAAGAAAAAGAAAAAGAAGAGCGCGGCCGAACUUCAAGCGAAGGCAGCAGAAGAGGCAUUGUUAUUGGAACUAGAACAAGAGGAUGCCGAGCGCCACAAGCUUGAACAAGACGCGAGUAAGAAGUCAGCCAAAAAGAGGAAAAAGAAGGAACGAGAAAGACAGCUAAAGAAAGAGCAAGAAGAAAAACGCAAAGCGAAGGAGAAGGAAGAAGAAGAAAAGCGCAAGAAGAUCCAAGAUGCUAAGGAUGCUGCGCAGCGCGAGGAGCGUCUGCGAAUCGCUGCAGCGCAAAGAAAGGAAGAGGAGGAGAACCGACGCAAGCAAGAGAAGAUCAUUCGGCAGCAACAGCAAAAGGAGCGGGAGCAGCGCAAAAAGCUUCGAAUGGAAGAGGAGGAAAGGAAGAGGCUUCUACAAGAAAAAGAAAAGGCAGCCAAAGCUGUUUCCAAYAAGAAUGGGACCACCAAUGGCUCUGAAAAAUCGGGCGAAGCUCRACGCCAAAGCCCUUCCCCUCAACUUAGUCAAACAAAUGCACCCCUUCCAAAAAAUGGCGUGUCAACGAAUGCAAAUGCACGCRAUGGUGGCAAUAAAAGAGGCUGGGAGAUUCCCCAAAGAGAAAGAAAUACUGKAGCUGUGCCGUUGAAGCCCAAUAUCAACGAUGGGUCUAACUUUGCGGAAGUGGGAGUUGUGCCCGACUACGAAAAUUUCAUGGGAGGCGCGCAUGUCGGUGGCACUGUCAAGCCUGCUGGAGCAGUUUUCUCGAGUCACAAACAUAUUGGCUCCUUAGACGUGAGCACCGCAGGUGGUUUGAGGUACGGUGGUGGAGAGAUACCGUCAAACGUCAUAUCGAAUGCGAUUCAUAUUGCUGCCGUCCGGAUYGAACCUCCAGCUGUUUCCAUAUUUCGUCGAGACAAGAUAUUCGAACUAUUGCACAGAUUUUCCACKGCGAAAUCAACCUCGAGCCCUUUGGGUUCUGUAGAUUUGAUUGUGGUGAAGAAGGUCUUGUUCCGAUGGAUAAUGAGGGCAGCUCACGAGUCAUCAGGUUACGUUGACUUCAUUGUUCCCAGCUGGAACGACGUUGAUAAGCUUACCGAUUUUUUCCAGCGGCAGUUUAUCUCGGAGACUCGAAAAUUUGUUCACAAUGCAAAUAGAUCAAUCAAUAUGGAGUCUUUGAAGGAAGCUGGAACUGCAACAGCUCAUUUGUGCCUUCGUCUCGCCAAUGAUGUCGCCGACUUUCACCGACAGCUUGUUGCCCAACUUCCUACGGAGUGGAAUGAUGCAAAUAUUGGAGUGACAGCUUCUGAAACUCCUUCAACAAAUAUCAGCGAUUCGACUGUUGUUAUCAACUCGGCGAAUGGUUAUAGUGUCAACUUGCCAGGAUCUGUUUUCUUGAAAUUGAAAGAACGAUACCGGGGCCCAAAAUCUCAACUUUUGAGUUCUAUUUUCGUGUGCAAGACAUGUUAUGAUACCAAGUUGCUUCUUGUUGAAGAUACGUCAAUGGACUACAGCCUGACUCCGAAUGCACGAUCGAAUGUUUCCUCUGAACUUUCUGUCAGUGCUGAGGUCUGGUCAGAUCCCUUUUUGGCUUCUCGCAAUAAUUCAUUUUUCGGUCAAUUUGCUGAAAUCGAUCGUAUGUUUGGCGGUCUCAAACCAUUUGGAACAAAUGAAGACUUGCUUUGCCAGCAGGGUGGGUCUGUGUUAGUGCUUGCGCCGCCAGACAAUAUGCUUGCAUCUCGAUAUCUGAAUCGCAUUUUUACCGUUCUGGAAUCUUGUGAUCAAGCRAACCGGCCAGUUUCAUUUGCUAUCUUCCUUCGCUCAGAGUGUUUUAGGAACCAGAAGUCUCCCCUGUGCAUCGAUGACCUAUAYAUGCUCGAGCCAAGGCUGCGUGAUCGUGGUAACUACAUCAGUCGCRUAGAAACUCUAGUUGAAGGUGCGCAUUACUACUUCAGUGAAAARCUUGGGACCUCCAAACCCAGCACAACUGCCAGUCUUUUUGUGCUGCUGCAAAAUUCUUCGGGWAAAAACCGAUUCCCUAUCCGAAAUAUUGGUAUUCUUCAAAUUAUGGGAUCAAGGGAGAAAGAGUUCAACAAUAUCACCGAACCCACUUUGGGGAACCCWCUCACCUACGCACCAAAUAUGACUGCGCACAAAGACCCUUCAUUCAUGUCUGACUCAAGAUUCCUUCAGCCUCCAACAAACCUCUCCGCUUCCCCAACUCCUCUACCCACAAUUUCUUCUGGUUUUGGCUUUAAUUCGAUCGGAACAUCUGCCCCGCCGUUAUCAAACGCAUUCGCACAAGAUUCUUCCACUGGAGUUCGCCCGAGGCGUGGUCGUCUAUUUGAGCUCGUGGAUAAUGGCGAAGAAGAUGCGAUGAAUGACGUGGAUGUCGUGUCAGGGAUGUUAGGCUCAUUGAAUGUUGACCUUUUCCAAAAUAGUGACACGCAAGCAAAUGUUGACAUUGAAGCAAUAAGCUUGGGGUUGAUYGGGGACUCAUCGACCGCAUUUCCUCCGAGAAGUAACAGAACUCAAGGACGAUUUGGAUAAUUAUCAUUCAUUCAAUUUUGGAUUCUUAAAAAAACUCUCGAACCUUAUUAAUAUCUUCGUAAAYUUUCUUUGAACAAUUGUCGCUACUAUUGUGUAGAAUGAAAAAUAUUWCUGAAUGAUAUACGAUAAAUUUUGUGAAUAACC